AUGGACGUCGAGCGCGUCGUCAAGACGCAGGUGACCUCCUCAGAGCUGAACCCGUCCCCCGAGCUCAUCAAGAGCGUUAACAAUGGCGAGACGACGCUCAUCGCUGUUGUGCAGGCCCUUGGGCCGUUCCUCACUGCUCCCGAGGAGAAAACGCGUGUAAACGGCUUGACUUACCUCUCGAACACUGUGACCUCUAUCGACAAGUCGAAGAUCAAUCGUCCCGCUGCGCGUACCUUGACCAACUUCUUCCUCGCCAAGCUGGACGACUUUGACUCGCUCUCUCCCUCCCUCUCGGCCCUGCUCGUCCUGUCCAAGCUCUCGGCAACGACCUUUGACGACGAUACCGCAGUGGAGGUGUAUCGCCAGAUUGUCGAGAACGUCAACAUGAAGGCGUACGCCCAGUCGGUGCGGCACCAGGUGUACCAGCUCUUCGACUCGUUCUUGGACAAGCACCGCGAGGCGUUCAAGGACAUGGGACCCGAGUUCAUUUCGAGCUACUCGAAGAUGGUGGAUGGCGAGAAGGACCCACGUAACCUCCUGCUUCUCUUCCAGCUUGACAAGGUCAUCUUGAUCGACUUUGAUGUCGAGUCCCAGAUCGAGGACAUGUUCGACGUCACGUUCUGUUACUUUCCCAUCUCGUUCCGCCCGCCUCCCAACGACCCCUACGGCAUUACCGCUGAGGACCUCAAGGUCGCUCUUCGCGCGGCUAUGAGCGCGUCUUCUCACUUUGCCAAGAUGGCUCUCCCCCUCUUCCUCGAGAAGUACGCCACUUCGUCGGGUCCGGCCAUGAAAGACCUCCUCCUCACCAUGGCGGCGUGCUUCCCUGCGUACGGCGCUCCAGCAGUGGCCGAACGUGGCGAGGAGCUGUGGGACUGCCUCAAGACUGAGAUUCUAUACACGUCCGACUCGUCCGUUGAGGCUGCGGCUCUUGCUGCUCUGGAGUCCCUCAUUCGCACCCUCUAUCCCACGACCAACGAUGGGCCCUCCGGUCUCGCGCAACUCAUUAUCAAGCAGUGCCUUGAGAACAUGAACGAGCCGGAGAAGAAUCACUCGAUGGGCUCGUCCAAGUGCCUCGCUGCGUUGGUUCGCGCUUCUCCGUCUACUGGACCCUUCGCCCUCUCACAGGCCCUCCCCCAGCUCUUCCGCCAGUUCAACGUUCCAAAACUUCCCUCCCACCGCGAGAACAUUAUCAGCUAUGUCACCAUUCUGCUCAUGGCCGCUCGCUCAGUGUACGCUGUUCCCGGCGCGACCCGCAGGCAAGAGCAGGAGCGCAGCCUGGAGCCGUACCGCGAGAACCUCCUGGACGUCAUGCGCGAGGGCCUGCGCACCCGUGACCUGAAGGUGUCGGCUGUCAGGGGCAGUGUAGCGCUCGCUGAGAUCCCCGGUUUCUGGACCAAGCGCGAGGUCGAGGAGGUUGUGCAGGGCAUGGACGACUUGUUGAUCAACGAGAAGGACCCCGACGUUCGUCCUGCUGUCAUGCAUGGUCUCAAGACCAUUGCCGGUGUCCACGCCGACGUUGUCGAGGGCGUCACCCUUCCUGUCCUCUUCCACACCCUCCCAGAGACUGCGCCGGAGGAGAGCGAUGUGGAUGGUCGCGACGCCUACCGCCGUAUUCUCUCGGCACUCACCGACCUCUGCACUAUGCCUGCGCUGUUCGAGACGCUGGUGGUUCGCAUCACCACCAGGCUCGACCUCCUCAGCUCUGCCACGCCCAUCGAAGAGGACGCCGCCACUGGCGCCAGCAGGCGCGAGUGCACCGUCGCAUACGCUUGGGACCUCUUGAACACCCUCCAGACGGUUAUCAGCAUUAAGCUCGAGGCCAAGCACGUCGACCUGCCCAAGUACUACUCCCAGGUGGCUCCUCGCCUGUUCGGCAUGGUCGUUUCUGCCGCUCUGCCGCGCGUGGACAAGGUUGUGCCCCUGUUCCGUGACCGCCGUCUCAUCACCAUUGCGGCGGCAAUUGGCGAGACAUUGUUCUUUGAGCUGAGCGCAGCGAAGCAGGCUCCCGUCGUCCAGUCGAUGGUCUCGGCAUUUGAGGAGGGCAACCUCUCGGCCAUUGUGUACGACCAGACCUCCGUCCCGCCCACUGCUGGCUCUCCCCUCCGUGGCAACGCCACCUCGGCCGAGCAGGACCUCGUGGCUCUGUACUCGGCCAUUAUCCGCGGUUUGAAGGCCGACACCCCGAUCGAGGUGCCGUCCAUCUCCGACUUCCUUGCUACCAAGGUGCACUGGGCGGUCCGUGUCGCCCGCGAUGAUUUCCAGCUGCGCCUCAUGCUGGACCUCAUCACUGCCCUUGUGAACAAGCGCGUGUCUGAGUUUGGCGGUCAUCUGGAGCCCCUGCUCGAAAGGAUCUGGAUGACGGACAUCCAGGACACGACGCAGCCGUUUGAGCUCCGUCGCCGCGGCCUGCUUGUGUACCUUCACAUUACAAAGGCACUUGCGCUCCUCCGUAACGACCUUGCGUACUCGUCUAUCCAGCGCAUUGUCGAGAUUCUCAGCCUGAGCAACCUCGACCCCGCGUUCGUGCAGGAGGCAGCGUGCGACUUUGGUGUGCUCGCAGAGAGCGGAGGCAAGGGCAAGGGCAAGGGCCGUGGCGCGCACCUCACGACCAAGUUGCUGCAUGCGCAAAAGCUCUGGAACUUCCUCCUGCCCAAGCUGAUCGAGGGCGACAAGGAUACAGAGGGCAAGGGCCGUGAUGUCUACCUGGUGGCGUUUGCCAGUCUCCUGCCUUUGGUCCCCAGUUCGCUGUUCCUCUCCGACCUGCCGACAAUCCUCCCUCUCCUCCUCCGCUCUUUGUCCCUCUCCAACGCCGCCCAGCGCGCCAACGUGAUCACUGCGCUCACGUCGAUUGUCGAGACGGCCAACACGUCGACAGCGACUGACAAGCUGCUGCACGAGCACGCCGUGACGAUGGUGGAGGGUGUGCUGCGUUCUGCGCGCCGCCUGCCUGGCGUCGAGACCAAUGGACGUGUGCGGUGUACCGCAUUGGCGGCUCUGGGCGUGUUCCCUGAUGCGAUCCGGUACGAGACGCUGCACCCUGUCAAGGCGACGGUGAUCCGCGAGCUGGCCGACUCGCUCGACGACCCGCUCCGUUCUGUCCGGCGCGAGGCGGUGGACACGCGGGACAGGUGGUACCGAUACGGCGCGUAG